AUGGUGGGUGAGCAGUAUGAGGGCAGCACAGAGGGCAGCAGCAUGCCCGCCAGGCCUGUGCCCGAGCACAUCUACAAAGUUGGCAUCUACGGCUGGCGGAAGCGUUGUCUCUACCUGUUUGUCCUGUUGCUCAUCAUCAUCCUGGUUGUCAACCUAGCCCUCACCAUCUGGAUCUUCAGGGUCAUGUGGUUCAACUCGGAAGGAAUGGGCCUCCUGCAAGUCCACUCUGAUGGCGUAAAGUUGGAUGAGGGGGAAUCCGAGUUCCUGUUGCCCCUCUACGCCGAAGAGAUCCACUCCAGAGAAGACACUCCACUACUUGUACACUCGGAUGCAGAAAAAGUUUACCUCAAUGCCCGCAAUGAAAACGGCGACGUCACAGGAAGGAUGUCUGUGGGUCCAAAACAGGCUGAAGGACACACUCCAAACAUGCUCAUCAGCUCUUCCAACGACAACAUGCUGUUCACAGCGGAUGGCAACCAGGCUGUGAUUGGGCCAGACAAACUGCGUGUCACAGGUCCUGAAGGAGCUCUGUUCCAACAUUCAGUGGAGGUUCCCCUUCUCAAGUCGGAGCUCUUCAAAGACUUGAGGCUGGAGUCUCCAACUCGUUCGCUCACUAUGGACGCUCCAAAGGGAAUUCAUUUAAAAGCCUUGGCUGGAAACAUUGAAGCGGAUUCCAACAUGGACCUUAUCCUAGAGUCCAGCGUGGGGUUGUUGGUGCUGGACGCCGAGACGGUGCGCAUGACCAACCUGCCCAGGAGCCAAGGAGGAGUUUCCGGGAAUGCCGAAGGUCUCUUUGAGGUGUGCGUUUGUCCCAGUGGGAAGCUAUUUCUGUCCAAGGCUGGCGUCACCUCCACUUGCAGCGACAACCAGGAAUGCUAA